GGCUGGAAACAGUAUAUAAGAGGAGGUGUGAGGAAGCUGCUGCUGCAGAGCUCCAGUUGAAGUGCUCAAAGACUGCAGGCUGACAAAAAAAGGCAAAGAGGCAAGCUAAGGCGUUGCCAUCCCCCUACCCCCACCAUUCCCUGGCAGGCUCUUUACCCCCGGCCACCUCUUUUCCGUGAGAGCCAGGUCCCCAGGUCAACUCCAGGCCGAAUUUGUGAUCCAAGAUUCAACAUGAGCUUUCCCCGCCUUCCUCGCCUGCUGGUCCUCGCUAUGCAAGUCAUUGCACUCCCAGUGAACAGCCCAGCAAAUAAAAGUGAUACUAAGGUGAUGAGAUGUAUUGUUGAGGUCAUCUCUGACACACUUUCCAAGCCAAGUCCACUGCCCAUCAGUGAGGACUGCUUUGAGACCCUACGAGGAGAUGAAAGGAUUAUUUCAAUUCUCCGACAUCAAAACUUGCUGAAAGAGCUCCAGGAACUGGCCAUCCAAGGUGCCAGUGAGAGAGCCCAGCAGCAAAAGAAAGACAGAGGCUUUGAAGAUGAACUUUCGGAAGUCCUUGGAAGCCAAAAUAAUGAGGAGACCAUGGAGAAGGAGGAAUUAAAGCGUGCCUCCUCUGAGAAGCUUCCUGAAGAUGCCACAGAGUCUAAGGAGGAGAAGAGCCUGGAAGAAAGAGAGGCCCAGCCCAAAGAGACCAACCCCAAGGAAGCCAAGGAGGACUCUGAGAAGAACGAGAUCAGCAAGGCCUCCAAGGAUGUGAGCCUGGAAAGUACCCUGGCUAGUGGCCUGACCAAAGAGGAGCCCUUAGCCCCCAAAACCAGUGAAGACAGCAAGGACCAGUCCACAGACUCUCAGGAGAGUCUAGAACUCAAAGAGGAGGAACAAAGUUCCAAGAGAGAUGAGGAGGCAAAUGGAGAGGAGGAAGAGGAGGAGGAAGAGGAGGAGGAGGAGGGAGCUCAUCUGGCUCAAGAAGGAAAUAAAGAAGCAUCAGAUGAUGAAGGUCCCACUGGAGCAUUCAGUACCAGCUCAACCCUUGAUGAGAAUGAGGAAACUCCAAGGGGAGACAGUCAACCAGAGGCACUGGAUCUAAAUGGAGAAGGGAAGGUCAUGCAAGAGGAAACCAGAUCUCAGGAAGAAAAGGGGCUGAGUCGGCGUUCUGAGGAGGCAGCAGUGGCCACUGAAAACAUCUUCAACCCAAGGGACAGCAAGAGUCAGGAACUGGAGGAGGAACUCUCCAAAGAAUGGGAGGACUCCAAGAGGUGGAACAAGAUGGAUGAGCUGGCCAGAGAGCUGACAGCUAAGAAGCGGCUGGAGGAGAGCAACAGUGAGGAAGAGCCAGACCGGUCCAUGAAACUCUCCUUUCGAUCCCACAAGUAUGACUUUGGGAGUCCUAUGGGGCUGCCAAGGAGAACCUGGAAAGCUCACUCGAGAGAGGACAGCAUCGAGGCAGGCCUGCCUCUCUCUAUCAGGGGGGACCCAGAUGAGAAGAAGGAGGAAGAGGGAAGUGCUAACCGAAGGACGGAGGACCAAGAGCUGGAAAGUCUGGCAGCCAUAGAAGCAGAGCUGGAGAAAGUUGCCCACAAACUCCAUGAGCUCCGGAGGGGCUGAAAGGCUGGCUCUUAGGAUCCUACGGAAUGCCCAGAAACUCAUUCCUCCUCCUCACCUUGCCUUUUCAUUUCCCAACUCAAAUAAGGAUGGCCAGAGGGGUUUUAGGCAGGAAGACAGUGCCCCUAAUGCAACCUGUGACACUUCCCGAAUCUGCUUUUUCACUUGAGUUUCUGUACCCCUGUGCACUCCUUCCCCACCUCAAGGCCUCUUCAUACACUUUAUGUUGGUUUCCAGUUAUCACUUCAAGACAACAAUGAGACAGCUUUUGUAGAAUGUUUCCCCAUCACUGUUAGGUUCACUAAAUACAACUGCAAUAACUUGUUCUCUUUGAAGUCGAAGACUACUGACUGUAAUAUAUUCUAUAUAAAAUUUAUCUAAGGAAAAAUAAAACUCCAAUGGGC